CCAUAAAUAUAUAUAUAUAUGUUUCAUUCUGAGGACUGUUUCUGCUAGCUAAACCUGAUUCUAGCCACACACACACUGGUGGGGGACAAAGGAUUUUGGGACCCAAUGACUGGAAUAAACUGAUAGAAUUCUUCCCCUGCCAAGAUGUCAAAAAGAGAAAGAGAAAGGCCAUAUGCCCCUCCCCCUCCCCCAGCCCCUACAACACAAUUGCCCAACACCCCCGGGUUUGUGGGGUACAACCCCUACAGUCAUCUGGCUUACAACAACUACAGGCUGGGAGGGACAACAAGCAACAACAGUCGGGCAACGAAUUCUUCAGGAAUAAACAUUCCAAAGCCACCCAAGCCGCCAGACAAGCCGUUGAUGCCAUACAUGCGAUAUAGUCGCAAGGUUUGGGAUCAAGUAAAAGCCUCCAAUCCCGAUCUGAAACUAUGGGAAAUUGGGAAGAUAAUCGGUGGCAUGUGGAGGGACCUCACUGAUGAGGAGAAACAGGAUUACUUGAAUGAUUACGAAGCAGAGAAGAUCGAGUACAAUGAGAGCAUGAAGGCCUACCACAACUCUCCGGCCUACCUGGCUUACGUCAACGCUAAGAGCCGCGCCGAAGCCGCUCUGGAGGAGGAAAGCCGACAGCGCCAGUCUCGUCUCGACAAGGGCGAGCCGUACAUGAGUAUCCAGCCAGCAGACGACCCAGAUGAUUACGACGACGGAUUCUCCACGAAGCACUCGGCUGCCGCCCGUUUCCAGCGCAACCACCGGCUGAUCAGCGAGAUCCUGAGCGAGAGCGUGGUCCCCGACGUGCGCUCCGUCGUCACUACCGCCCGCAUGCAGGUCUUGAAACGGCAGGUCCAGUCUCUUAUGGUGCACCAGAGGAAGCUGGAGGCGGAGCUACUUCAGAUUGAAGACCGCCACCAGGACAAGAAAAGGAAAUUCAUCGAUGCCACAGAGUCUUUCAACGGCGAGCUGAAAAGGCUGUGUUGUAUGAAAGUAGAGGUGGACAUGGAGAAGAUAUCUGCAGAGGUCGCUGCGGCAGAGGAUGCAUCCCGCAGGCGCCUGUCGGAGCGGGAGAAGGAGGCGUCCACGUCCUCUAGCCUGGAGGAGGAGGAGAAACCAGUUGGCCCGUCAAAUGGCAGCAAGAGCCAACAGGUGUCUGUCAGUGACAGCAGCAACAAGGAGAGAGAGGAGACGGAACCCAGCCCCAUGGAUACUGGUGAGAAGUCAAAGGCAUCGGAGGAGUUGACGGCUCGUCCUGCCAGUGAGGUUGAGGAGGGGGCGCCGUCGGAGGACAAGGAGAGUGUUCCGGAAGGGGUGAUGGAGGACGGCACCAGUGACAGUAACACGGGGUCGGAGACCACCUCUGCUGUGACGGAGGACGCCCCGCCCAGCGAGCCAGCAGCCUCAGAGGGGCCGAGCAGGGCACGCCCUACCGCCCACUGAGGAGUCGACCUCUGACCUUAAGGCCGAGAAAUGUCCAUGAUGCAUCAUUCCAUCUCUACAGUCCCACUCUGAUGAUAACACAUUGUACAUUAGUAUCUAUGUGAACAAAAGCUGUGUUUAGAUGGGUUUCUAUUUCCGAUGGGAAGUUUGAUGCAAUUGGUUGAAUCUUCAGAGCUCUGUUGGCAGGGUCAAAAUGGACCUGCUGUCAAUUUGCGAAGCGCUCCAAGUCCACAAAGCAAAGCAAUUGUCCCAACUAAAGUGAAUGUCAUCUAAAUUGAGUCACAAUUCAUACGGUGAAUUCACCGUAUUUCUAUCACAGACCGCAGUGCCAGUCGAUAGCAACCAUCCCAUCACCUGUCAAUAUAUUAAAACAUAUCUCUUGUCUUAUUCUAUGGUACUAUAUCUGGCAGACACUAUGGUAGUAUAUCUGGCAGACACUAUGGUACUAUAUCUGGCAGACACUAUGGUACUAUAUCUGGCAGACACUAUGGUACUAUAUCUGGCAGACACUAUGGUACUAUAUCUGGCAGACACUAUGGUACUAUAUCUGGCAGACACUAUGGUACUAUAUCUGGCAGACACUAUGGUACUAUAUCUGGCAGACACUAUAGUAUUAUAUCUGGAAGACACUAUGGUACUAUGUCUGGCAGACACUAUAGUAUUAUAUCUGGAAGACACUAUGGUACUAUGUCUGGCAGACACUAUAGUAUUAUAUCUGGAAGACACUAUGGUACUAUGUCUGGCAGACACUAUAGUAUUAUAUCUGGAAGACACUAUGGUACUAUGUCUGGCAGACACUAUAGUAUUAUAUCUGGAAGACACUAUGGUACUAUGUCUGGCAGACACUAUAGUAUUAUAUCUGGAAGACACUAUGGUACUAUGUCUGGCAGACACUAUAGUAUUAUAUCUGGAAGACACUAUGGUACUAUGUCUGGCAGACACCAUUAAUCUUACCGAUUGAGGCUGGUUGUAAAAACUGUCGCAAAAAAAACAAGUUGUUCAAUGUUUAAUUACUUGUUCUUUGGAGUGUAAUGUUAUUGUUGCUUUCAAUGUUAUUGUUGCUUUCAAUGUUAUUUUUGCAUGGUGUCGCAACUCCUCAAAUGGAAGAGUUUUGCUUUAGUAAGGGUGGUGUGACUCUCUCUCGAUAUUUUGUCAUGUUUACUCUUAAGUAUCAGUAUUAAGUGACAGUAUUGUCUCAGGAGUUAAUAGAAAUAAGUAGUUGUUUUCAUGAUUUAUUAUUAUUCUUGUGUUAUUGCGAGUCCUGGGCCCAGUCCGUCCGUCCACCAACCUGUUGUAAAUGCUACGAGUCCAUCCAUGCUGUACAGGGCUCGUAACAGUCAGUGUUCUAAAGUCUGCUAGCUCUCAAUCAAAUCAAAAGCGCUAUGCUUAGAACAACCUUUCAGUGUUAUGUUGUUAUGACCAGUAGUACAAUGUUCGACCCAGAACAAACUCUUAAAUGUUAAUAUGCAAUGUAAGAAGCCGCGUUGGAAGGUUUGCGUGAGCGGUUUUUCAUCUCGUCCUAAAGCUACUUGGAAGAGCAGAGUGAGUCAUCAACAUACUGUCUUAAAAAUCGAUUGCGUUUGCGACAUUUAUACCAAUAAACUUUUCUACCCUGACAUGAA